UUCAUCGGACUUGGUGCUGCGUAUUUUGCGUUGUCGCUGUCGUCGGGAAAUCAGCACAGUACUCUGUUAUCCAUAGUCAGGGUCUCCUCCGCCAACCGCGAUUCACCCGCGAACACACACAGAUCAUUGUUAUCACAAUUCUGGGCAGCACUGCCCCAAAGCGAACACAUCUCACAUCCCCAGCUCCACUGGGUCAUCCCCAGCUGAACACUCUCUACUUCUUCGGGUAGCUUAGCUUACUGCUCAGCUACCCUAACCCUUAAUUAGUCUUUCAUUGUUAGGCUGUGAGGACUCUUUAAAGAGCUCGGGGACUACCCCUCUCUUACAAGACACAAAAUAUACAUGGACAUUGCUGUUAGAGCAAACUUUCUAUAGAUUUGGGAAGUAGAUAGAUGCAAAGAUCGUCUGCCGCAAGUGUAGGCUGAUCGAUUGACUUCACUGUAGCAGCAAACCUCAAUCAGCGGCGCCUACUAGGUCACCUGACAACCUUUGCCGGCAUACUAGCGUGGGAAACAGCGCUUUUAUGAUUGGUCACAGAUUCAGGUAAAGAAAGACUGGGUUUUGAAUGCCGUACUAAGCAUCGCAUAGAUUUCGGAAUCAGUAUCGUACGCUAGCUGUUACGUGAUUGGCUAAUGUUUGAUACUUGAAAUAGUUAACACACAUACACAGACAUAACAGACACAAUCGGGUGAUGAACUGAACUUUGUCAAGGUCACUGUGUUGUAGUCAAGGUCACGUCCCUGUCAUUGCUGCACUUGAAUAUUCCUAGAACACAACAGCCUCUAGAGAUCAAUUCCUGAGCCUGAUUUCCAUCCGAGCUUUGCUUCCCACCAAAAGCGACUGCUUCAUCAAUUAGUGCAUUUUCUCGCUCGUUCUUCCGUAAACCGACCUCAUGUAUGACGACCACUCGUUGCGUGAGUUGGAGUCGUCCUUCACGUUGAUAUUGAGGGUUGAGAAGCAGAUGAACAGACCUAUACAGGUUAAGCCAGCAGAUAGUGAAAAUCGUGGAGCAGACAGAAAGCUGUUCGCUGGGAUGCUCAGUAAGCAACAGACUGAAGAAGAUGUCCGCCAGUUAUUCGCACCGUUUGGCACAAUAGAAGAGUGCACUAUUUUACGUGGACCAGACGGUACUAGCAAAGGUUGUGCAUUUGUCAAGUUCAGCUCACACCUGGAGGCUCAAGCCGCAAUCAACAGCCUGCACGGAAGCCAGACAAUGCCUGGUGCCUCAUCCAGCCUAGUAGUAAAGUUUGCCGAUACAGAAAAAGAGCGACAAUUGAGACGAAUGCAGCAGAUGGCAGGUAACAUGAGUUUGUUGAACCCUUUCGUUUUCAACCAGUUUGGAGCCUACGGAGCCUACACUCAGGUCAGCACACAGCAACAAGCUGCGAUAAUGGCCGCCACUCAAGGAACCUACAUCAACCCAAUGGCUGCUUUGGCCACUCAUGCCACACUCAACGGAAUUGCCAAUUCCGUUGUUCCUCCAAAUUCAGAAGUGGGCUCAGGCCAGCCAGUGAACGGCGCCAUGCCCAGCCUGCCGUCACCCACCAUGCCCAACUUCAACAUGGCCGCCCAGACGCCCAACGGCCAGCCAGCCACCAACGACCCCAACGUCUACACAAACGGCAUUCCACAGUCCUAUCCAGCGCAAGAUGAAGAGCUCUUAUGCAUCUUUCGAUCAGGUGGUCUUCCUUCGCUUAUGUUACACCAUGAUGCAGAAAAUGCCCAUGCUCUUCAUUUGUCGAUUCCAGCGCCCGGAUUGGCCAAUGGAGAGGCAACUCUUCAGCACGCCGCCGCUUAUCCCGGUAUGCAGCCUUAUCCUGGAGUUGCGUUUCCAGCCGUCUACGGUCAGUUUGCGCAGGCAGUGCCUCAGCCUCUGGCUACUCUGGCCGCAACGCAACGCGAAGUACACUUCAAUGGAGUGAAUGGGUCUCCCAUUGACUUCUACCGAAAUUCACCGUACAUUGUGGAUAUAUAUGGCGCAAAAGGAGAGAGAGCCGGAUUGGUUAGCAAGGACCUUGCUAAAAGUAGGUUGUUCAAUCUCAGGUCCAGAGGGCUGCAACCUGUUUAUCUACCACCUGCCCCAGGAGUUUGGAGAUGCCGAAUUGAUGCAAAUGUUCCUCCCGUUUGGCAAUGUCAUCAGCUCUAAAGUAUUUAUCGACCGGGCAACAAACCAGAGCAAGUGUUUCGGUUUCGUGUCGUUCGACAACCCGGCGAGCGCACAUGCGGCGAUCCAGGCGAUGAAUGGCUUCCAGAUCGGCAUGAAGCGCCUGAAGGUCCAGCUGAAGAGACCCAAGGACGCUAACCGUCCCUACUAACCCCUUGUUAUCGAGACCCAGCACUACAGCAGCAGCAGUCUCUAUGCUGCUUCUAAUGCUGGAUCUAGGUUUCAGGUAAGAAACUACUCAUCAACCUCAAUCACGAGAACUGGCUACUAAGCGGUGCUUGGAGCCGCCCACCCCUCAGCUGUCGUAACUGCCGCCACUGGUUUCUCCCGCCUCACUACUCCUUGAAACGGCCACAGGGUGACCACAAAUAGAGACACUUUCAGUGCAGUUUCGCGCCGGCGCACUUAAAUGCGCGGGAAAUCCAGUGCAGAAGACAGCCAGGGAACCACAACCUGCUCACUCAUCACUAAUAAUGUGACGACAUGCCUCUAGGACUCUGUUCGAAGCCUGGACCAUGACCAAUGCAGUGUGGAUUAAUUAAUUACACUUCACUAGUCCUAAUCAUCUAGUCAAGUUGCAAAGACUAACCCUGAAAAAUAACUCAGUUAUGAGAAUAAUAUUAUAAUAUAAAGUAUUGAUUACUAAUGACAAGUAACUAACACAAACACACGCUCUCAUAUUUACAUGACUAAUCUUAUUUGAUCGACAAAUAUUAUUAUAUAUCCAUUACAAGAUAACUAAACUAUUAAGAAAAUUUAUAGUGUAAUAUAUAUUAACUACUAUAAUUAUUCUAUAAGUCACAUAGGUAGUUGUGUCUCAUUAUAAUUGAAUAUCUUCUAUCAGAAUCAUUUGAGAUUCUUUUUAGGUUUUGGAAAAUUUAUUGUUGCAAGGAUUAUUUCACAGUUGAAACUUUGGUACUCAUUACUAAAAAUUAGUAUAGUUGGUAGUAGUUAUUCCUCUUUUAUAAUUAUUGAGAAAAGUUGUGUUGGGUUUGUACAAAGAAUUAUAUAGUUAUCAGUUUGUCCCCUAACUGCCUCACGCUUUUCUGUGGCCUGUGGCUUCAUAAUUAGACUAUAAAUCAGCUGAAAAUGAAUAUUAGUAGGUUUAAGGAGCAUUCUAAGUGAAGGCGGCUACAUUUGUCGUUACUCGUCCAGUGACCUUCAAAGCUACUCUUUUUAUGCGAGUAAACAGUUUAUCAACAUACAGGGAGACUAACUUUUGUAUAAUUAAUGUUGACCAAUAUAGUAUUAUUAAUAAUAAAUGUACGAUGAGCAGCAUGUUUUUUACAAUAUAGGCUUAAAUGUUUAACGAGUAUUUUCAUAGUGCGAUAAUGUGACAUUUUUAUACUCUGUAUUUAGAGUAAAAGCAGCAUUGGUAGAUGAGAGAAUAAUUAAGAUAAUGUGUUGAUAAUAUUAUAUUGUUAUUAUAAUAGCUAUACAUAACGUACCAGUAAAGCAUUUCUGUUUGCGAUCCUUGUUACGAUAAUCGACAACAAACUCGUUCGAUAUAUCGAUAUCUCUAAUCGAUCGUUGAAAUAAUUAAACUAAUAUUUGAUAAUCACCUACUACUACAGCGAAAGGACAAAGGAGUAGCAACUAGUCGACAGUUUAUCAGUACAGUAGUUGUUUGGUCACUUAUAUUAUUAGCACGAUAACCAUCUAUUAUUCAAUUGUUUGAGGCUAAAUGCUACUAACUUUAGGCAAAGGUAACGGCUGGAUGGGUUCUUGUAAACUUAAUCAAGUGUUGUGAUAAACAUUUAUUUUCUAUGUCUCUUUUUAUGAGGUGUAAAGGGAGCCACAAAUCGAUGUAGUUUUUCUCUAUCAAAUUGUAUUCCUCUGGGGCUGUGAUUUUUCAUUGUUAUGUAAAAAUACCUGUCAUCACAUAUAUACGAGUGUAUAAUAUAAAUAAUGAUAUAAUAUUACAAUAUAUCUGUACAGGGUGUUGUAUUUUGUGUUAGUCAUGUGUACAUUAUAAUGCAGUAAGUGUAUAGAUUUAAAAGUUUACAUUUUGUUUCCGAUUUGUUGUUCAAUAACCAAUCAUUGAUAGGGAUAAUAUAUUUUUAAUAAGAGCAGAUAGUAGGAAUUUUACUUCUCCUCAAGCUAUGCAAGAAAGACCAACAAAAUAAAGCUUCAUAAAGCACCAAAAUUAGAUGACUAAACCUUAUUAGGAUAAUUUAUUAUAGAGUACAGAAAAAGGAAGUAAAAAUUCCAUUCUGCCUCGUACAUUCGUACUGUUCUUUGCAUCAUUUGAAUUUCAGAUCAAGGUGUAAACUGCAGUAUAAUUAUCGAUAGAGAACAAUUUCUUCAUUUUUCAUCCAAGUUCCCAAAAUUCAAGGCAUUAAAGAAAUAACAUUUUCAAGAUAAUGAUUGUGACAUUCUUAGUCAAAUUUGAACCUUACCGAAUAACUGUGAUCAAUCCAAAUCGCACAUUCAUUUUUAGUGAGAAUUAGUAAAAAAAAAUUUAAAUAUUAUUUUAUUCAAUUUUUUUCUGAACUGGUCUUUUGUACUAAAAAAAACUUAGUUCUCCACAAAUAUAUAUCUCUGACAUCAAUUUACAAUAAGAUGUAUAGGCCUACUCAUCUCAAUAUACCUUAUUCUAGUCAUAUUUCUAGUCGUUUUCAGUUUUUAUAGUUACCGAUAUUCAAUUCAAAAUUCAAUUUUAUUUUUCAUGUUAUGCAUCGUAUAUAAUACAAUAUUAACACAGGUCAUGAACAUUUCAUCAAACAAUACACAUCAUAAAUACAUUACAAAUGUCACCUCAAUAUACAUGUAAUAUAGUCUAUAUAAUUAAAAAACAAAGUUAAUAUCACAGAUGGAAUUAUUGUUGUUGAAUAAACUAAAAACAGAAAUUCAGAUAGAAGUUCAUUCUCCAUUACGUAACAUCAUUACUUACUUGAUAAGUAUUGAAAUAUAUUUAAUAGGUGUGAAAUAUUCUUGAGUAAAUAAACUCAAAAACAAUCAAAGUAAAUUAACAAUCAGAAACAGUAUGAAUCUGAAUUUUGAAAUUAACAGUGAAAAUACUUUAUCCCUAUCAAAAUGAGAUAUUGAACACAAUUAAUCUUUUCUAAUGGUGUCUGUCUUUCACAGCCUUAUAUGGUUUUCUCUGUGAUUUCUAUGUCUAAUAUAUUACUUAAUUUAUUUGAAAACAAUAAGGCGAAAAUGAGAUGUGUGGGAUUAAUUGCAAACUUUCUCAAUAUUAUCAAAUAACAUUAUUUCAAUUCAAUUAACUAAACGUAAAAUUUAUAUUAAAUUUAGCGCUCAAUUUUUCAAAAUUUGGAUUAUCAGUUAACUUCUGCGGUAAUUACUGGAGCGCUCAAUAGUAUUCUCAAGAUAUUCGAUGAAAUUACCUCAUAAACUCACAGAAUUUUUUUUUAAUGUAAUUUUCUAUGAAUAUCGAUACCUUAAAAAAUAAGAAUUUCAAAGUUAAAGUAAAAUACUUCACUUAGCAAGUGUCCUUUAUAGAAAGUUAUUGCCUUCAAUAGGUUAUAAAGUGUCCUUGGAGUAUCAGACAUUUACUUGAGGUAAUAUUCUGAAUUUGUUGAGGUGAUCAAAUGAUACAUAAAAUUCAUCGCUCAUUGAUACAUCAUCAGAUUUUUUAUUGUGAAUUUCAUCCUGUUGAUGAUUUUUUUCACUUUUCAAAUCUACUUCUUUUCAUGACCAAGUAAAAUAAGAACAUUUUCACUAGAUGAGAACUGAUGGUUUAAUUUUUUACGAGGAGUACGAUACUAAAUGAAAAACUUGUAGAUAUUUUUGGGGGAAUUGUAAUGAAAUAAGAACCACUGAUAAAUAAUAAUGCAUAAUUUGCGAAAUAUCGUAGUGAAUAUAGCUGCUCUGUGGGACCACUUAUUCUCAACUAUGAGAAUGAAAUACCCAAAACUGCAUCGAAUUACCGUGUACUUGAAAAAUUUAAAUGAACUCUUGUAAACUCAUUCAAUUGUGUUAAGUUUCUCUACUGCUGAGAAAGUUGCAAUGUUGGUGGUCUGAAUAAUUUAUUACGCUUAUCAGUAAGUGAUAAGGAUGCCUAGUCAUGUACAUACUCACACACGACACACAUCUCAUUUGAGCGCAUGAUCUAAUGUGUAAUGCAACAUAGGCCUACUUUAGGGAGGAUCAAUAUAUGAAUGUUUCUAGAUGUUACACUAAAUAACGAUAAUUAACUUUACAGAACCCAUCAGCCAACCAACAAGCUUUACAUGAUUUCUAGCUGUUAAACCAAAGGCACAAUUGUAAUAUAUAUUUUUAUGAAUGAGAAACGUAUAGCUUGUAAAUACUAUUUCGAGUCCAUAAUUUACUAUGACUAUAAAAAUGUCAAUAUUCUUUAUUGUCAAAUUGUGUAGACGUACAUACUUCUACUGUAUGUGCCUGAACACAAGCCAAAUAAAUAUUCCGAAUUUUUCUUAUCAUUCACACGGAUAAUAUGAUGAGAAUAAUUUUGAAACCUGGAACUUGUAGGCAAGGGUAUAUAUAAUAUAUAUUUCUUUAGCUAGUAUAGGUGCCAUGUGUAGGAGAAAUAGUCUUUUCUAGUUGAAAACUUUAGCUGUAAGAUAAUAUAUGUGUAGAUUGUUAUCAUUGACUCUGGUCUGAAGUGAAAGAAUCGGAUAAGUUACCAACCAAAAUUUGUUUCGGAACGAGAUUCUGUUCAAAAAUUUUCUGAUCAUUAUUAGGCUUUUAUUUUUUCGUACCGUAGGUUCUGACAUUUCGUUCAGUUUUGAUACUAUUCUUUAUUCAAUCCUCAUUUAUUUACUUAAUAAUACUUCCAUCAUGUAGCUAACUUGAUUGAAUUGAUAAGAAAUAUUAUAAAAUUAUAUAAUAUUAUUAGUUUUGGUUUUGAAAAAAGCUCACAUUUGUGCUUGUAUGAUCUCUCUCCGAUUUUAAAACUGGAUAAGUAAAACAAUCUUAAUUGAAUCUGAUUUAGCAAAUAUGUCGAUUGAAUGCUUAACAUUUUACGGCUUGUUGUGGAAUGUAGUUCUUCGACAUGUAACUGUAUGAAACAUUUUCAGCAUUAAAAAUAUCGUACUCAGUUGAAUACUGAUUAGUACUUCACUUUCUAUACGUUACGCCAUAUUGAAGGCUAAAGGAACAAUAAUUCAUCAAAUUUGAAUAGAAUCCUUAUUUAAAAAAAGAAAGGUUCUAAAUUUUGAAGAACCACCCACCAUCAGUCACUGAACAAUCAUAUUCAUUUUUUGUAUUCAAUUGCAAAAUUUAUGGAUUCUAAUUCCAAUUUUCCACUUUAUACCGAUCAAGUUCAGCUGCAUGGAAGUUUCAAAUAGGCAACAAAUAUCAUAAAUUAGGUAUCGAAGUUUUCAAUCCUUUUUCGAUUUGUAUUCCAUAAUCAUUGGAUAUGCAAACAAUAACCGCGAGUAUUGUAGUAUUAGUUAUUAUAAUCCGUAGAAGGCAGUUAUUGUAGAUAGUUUUUGAAUUUCACUUCUCACUUGCAUUGUUUUGAUUGUAAUUAGGGAAAGGCUAAGCGCAAGAAGGGAAAGGAAAGCUUGUCUGAAGUGGGCUGCACUGUGUGAUGCAGUACAGGUCGGUAGAUCCAAAGAGCAACCAUAAUGCUCAAACUUGCUACUUUAGAUUAAUUAUUUAAUGUUACAUUGUAAUUGUAAAAUGAGAAACUAAUAGCAUAGUGGGUAGUGUCUUCAAACUUAUAAAUUUAGUAUGUAAUUAGCUAAUUUGAGAUGAAUUUUCUAUUUGAACUUAGAACAGAAGCUUUACUUCAACCAAUCACAAAGAAUUUAUGUUCUAAUUUUUUCAGAUUUAGAUUUGUAAUUUUGUUUUAUUCGCCCCAUAUUGGAACAAAACUUUUCGGUGCAAUACUAAGUAUUUUAUUAAAAAUUACGUUGCAAACAGGUGCAUUAACACGAAUAAUUUUUAUUGAGAUUAUUAUAAAUAUACUAUUAUUGAUGAUCGAUAUCAGUGUAAUAGUUUAAUUUGUACAAAUAAUGUUGAAUAUUUGAAUACUUAUUUAUAUAUUAUUCAUUAAUCGAUCAGUUAAUCGAUGUAACUGUUGAUGAUAUUUUUAUUAAUUAUUGAUAAAGACUUUAAUCCUCUAAUCAAGUAAGUGCAACUGCUUUUUAACAUUAUAAUCACUAGCAUUAUACAAUUAGGACUUUCAUUCAUUUUGAAACAAAUGAAGUUUUGUAUUUAGAAUUUAAUAAUCUUAUUAUUAUGAUUAGUAUGAGUGAAUGCAAUCAUUUGCUACUAUAUUCUCUGAUCUGGAAACGUCUUAUCAGUAACAAAAUAAGUAGACGAUUAAUCAUGAAUAUUAUUACAAAAAAUACAUUUAUAUGAGCUUCAUCUUGUAACUUUUUAACAAAAAUUAAUUAAUCUAGUGGUGUUUUAAUUUAUUCAAUACGGUAAUGAAAAUUGAAAGUUUGAAUUGACAGAAUUGAAUUAUUGUAUCAGGACUUGAUAUUGUUGAGGUCUUGUUUUCCUUUAUGAAUUAAACAUUUCAGAAAAGUUUUUUAUAGUGUUGAAAUCUUUUCUGACUGACUUUUCUACCCUAGCUUUUACUGUGUACAGAGACAGAGCGUCGAUAGUAUAGAUAUAGUCCCAAAGCGGUGAUUGCUUAGUAAUAUUGUUGAUGACAUGUCUCUUAUAAGGACUAAACAAUUUUUAUCGUAGUUGGAAAAUCAUCUGUGUUGAUCUUUUCAUACUCACGUCUGGGAAAAUCGUCAAUUUAUUUUCAUUGUUUAAAUUGCUUGUUUUCUGAGUUCUCAUUCUCAUCGUAAAUAUCGCAUCAAUAUUUAUUAUCGAUGUAUACAUUAUAAAUACAAUUAGAAAUAAUUCUCAUUUUGUACAAUAUUAUUCGUGAGAGAAGAAUCAUUUUAUUAAAUAUAUAUAUUAUAUAUAAAAUAUAUAUUACAUUUAAACUAGAGCAAAGAAAGAGAUAUUUCUUGCUUCGAUACAGGGUAUGUUUUUAUCCAAUAUGAGAGGAAAAUUAAUUCAAAUGUUUGGUCAUUGUUGUCGUGAAUGUACUAGCAUUUCCUUUUUAGAUGAAUACGGUAUUGAAAAUUUAUGUUAAAAGCUGUCCUCUAGAAUAAACGGUGAGGACUCAAUCAUUUUUCAAAUGUUUUGUUUAACAAUAUCUCCAUGUAAUUGAAAUAAUGAAGAAAAAAUUAGAUACUGAAGAAGAUUAUAAUUACUAUUAUUACUGACUACUAUAAAUUAUAAAUAACUGAUAAGUGUAGAUUUUUCACAGGUGUAAAUAAAUAGCCUAUUAGUUUGAGAAUUCUCAUCUUGGAGCAUAAAGAAACAAGUGCUGACUUUAUUAUUCGCACUGUCCACUAGUCAAUAAAUUUUAGUAUUUUAUCCAUGAUCAUUAUUAUUAUUACAAAUAUUACUCAAUAUACAAAACAUGUAAUCUUUAAAGUCGAAAUCACAAGAGGCUAUAUGCGAAAGCGAAUUCCUACAAAAACAAAGAAUAUCUGCUUCAUUUCUAAAUAUAAACAAGACCAGAUAGCAGGUGUCUACUACCAGUGAAACUUAAAAAUGAAAGAUUUCUUAAACUUUUCGCUUUUUGAGUAAUACAUUUGGAAUCAAUUCUCGAGUAUUACAGUUUGAUUUUUUUUAAGAAAACGUUAUUAGUAUGUAAUGUCAAAGUGCAAUUAUUUAAUGUCUAUUUCAACUGCUGAACAGGGAGGGAUGAAUGGUAAACUUUUUCAUAUGUAAAUAAAAUUUUUAAAAAUGUAUAAAACUAUAAUAAUUUCUUCAUGUGACUUUUUUCAAAAUGGAGACAAUAAAAUUAUCCUAACGUUCCAUUGUUAAUUUUGAGUGAAAUUAUUGUUUCAAUAACUUUUAAAUAAUUUAUUGAUUUCCAUCAGGCCAUGGAGACAAGUAUAGAUUUUCAUCCUGAUAGUGAGUUCAAAAUAACAAUUAAUCGCUCUCAUUUCCAAGUAUCUACUGAAACACAAAGUUUAAGAAGUCUUAAUACUGAAAUCUAGUUUCCCUGAUAUGAAUUACGAUUGGGAAGAUCAAAUUCGUUUGAUCACGAAUUACUUAUCAGAACACAAAUUAAUCGUUUCAUCCCCACUGAAAAGACCCUGAAUGUACUCAAAAAUGUAUCAACUGUUCAUUAUGAUUGUAUGAGAGAAGUAUUAUAUUAUUAAUCUUUUUUUUAAAUGCAACGUCAACCAAACAGUAGUGGUAAUGAUAAUAAUACAUGCGUGUUUAUUCCAAGUUUUGUUACAAAAUACUAUAUAGGGUACUGCAUGUUUGGUUUCUCAUCUACAAGCUGCAUCUUGCUUAUUACACAUUCAACUAACUUGAUAUUCUGUCUCAGUCUAUAAUUUCUCACUUCUCUAUUUAAUUAUACAUUGUUGAAGAAACUCUUCAAAUGUGAUCUUUUUAUGCUGAAUUGUAACUAUCAUUAUCAAUUCAUGUAUCCCCAUCUCAAUUCUUAUAUCCUGAACUUAAUCACAUUCAUAAUUGUUCUUUAACUCCUCUAAAUUUGGAAUAACUGGAACUAAGGGCAUUCCAGAUUUUAGAAUAGAAAGCUAAUAAAUUCAUUCAUUGACAAAUUUGACAAAGUGGGUUAAAAGUAGGCUUCCUACUUUAUUAAAAAAUCUAUUAUCUACAAAAUAUUUAAAAAAAAAUAAUGAAAUUCGUAUAAAUUGUAAGUUUGCUUGUGAAAAUUCAACAUCUGCAUCUGUGUUAUUUGUUAGUUACAAUUGCCGCUUUAGAACUUCAAAGAUAACAAAAAACAAUUAUAUUCAAAUUGAACGACCAUAUUCAUUGUAAAUAGGAAGUAUUCGCCUCACAAUACAUACAUCAUAUUUAUCUAUUUAAAUCAAUCUUGUAAUUUUAGUGAUUAUUAUUGAAAUUAAGAAGAUAAAAAGCCUUUACUAACUAAAAUCGUUUAGUUUUAUAUACAUAUAUAAAUAUAUAAAUAUAUAGUUUGUUAGAUUUAUAGUCCUAACUGAAUUGUAAAUAUGUUUUAUUCCUAAAAAAUAUAUAUAAUACGAAACUGAUCAUUUCGAAAUAUGUUUUGUAAUGCGCGAAAUUUAUGAUUUCACAGGUUUUAAGCUUCAAAGUGAAGGCUGUACUAGAAGAUUAGUGGUACAAUGUUGAGUCAAUUUUCCCAGUAAAACUAUGAUAACAACAAAUGAGUUGAAGUUCUUAAUAAUAUUCAUUGAGAUUAAUUUUAUAGGCAAGUUAGCCUAUGUUCUCACCGAAUCCUAUGUACCAGUUCAGAAUUCUGGUUUCGUAAAAUAAAAUUGAUUCAGUUCAGAAUCUGUAUCAGUUUUCGUAAAAUAAAAUUGUUAUUAAAACAAAUCAAUGGUUGAGAUGAUGAGAACAUGAUAUUCAAAAUGCAAACAUAAUAUCCACUACUCUUCUUUUCUGUCUUCUUUUUCUCAAAUUUUAAAUAAAAUGGAAAAAUUCUCAAAGUUAACCACAAUUUUUGUUCACUUCAGAUAUUAAAUUGGUUUUAAAAUCAUGAAAAAUUAUUGUGAAAAAUAAGUUUCUGUUCAAAAAUGUUUCAUUUCAUCCACUAGUUGAUAAUAUUGUUUAAUAAAGUUCAGGGAUUCCUAAGAAUAAAAUUAUAGUUUAGAUUUACAUUAUUGAUUUCAUUGUUUGUAUUCAAUAGAAUAGCAUAAAAUCUGCUCAGUUUUCUCCUGAUUAGCAUAUUGUAAAAUUUAAGCUGAUUGUUAUCUGCCAUUGUUCACACGGUAUUCUCAAUUUCUUGUCCGGUACCAUAUUGAAUUCAAGAGAAAUUAUUCUAUCGCUAUAAUAUGAAAAUAAAUUGUGAUUAAACUGCUCAUCCUUUUCAUAUAUAAAUUGAAAUCGAAUGCCAGCUUAACAGACUAGUCCUUCAAAAGUGCAAACUUCAAUCUUUCGAAUAGAAACAUAUUUAUUCAAAACAUUGACAAUAUUAUCUUUCAAGUUGAACCAAUAUAAUAUUGUUCAAACUGCGUAUUCUAAUAACAAUUCUAAACGGUUUCUUAGAACUUUCAUUUAUAAACUAUUCAAUAAUAUUGUAAUUUUUUUAUGACUUCAUUUCACUAUAAAAUUAACGUCGACCGUAUUGGAUAUAAAUUGAAACUUUCAUAAUAUAUCAUUUUAUUCUCGGUAAAUACUUAUAGUUUUGAGCACUGUCAACUCAUGAUUCAUUAAUUUCAUUAGAAGAAUACCGUACAGUACGGUAUUGAAUUUCUUUGAAAUAUCAUAAUAAAUAAUUAGCAGAGUAAUGAGCACAACAGCAUUCAUGAUCAUUCAUCUAGACUUGGCCUUCUUAGCCUGUUUCAAUCACCAUGACUAAUCUGAAGUUACCUGCUUCUCAGUUACUAAUCCAUAUUGCGCUCAAAUCUUACAUCCUCCCCAAAUCCGAAUGACGAAAUUUGGGGAUAUAACUACUAAAUAAAUUGAGUUUUGGGUUUCUUUUCAAUAGUGUUUAACUGUCCUCUCUCUUUCUAGGAGAUCGUAGUUUUGCGAAAAAAGUUGGUUCAACGUGUAAAUAUUAUCUCCGAUAGGAAAGUAGAAUUUUUAUUGUCGUGAUGAAAUAAAAAAAUCAUGGUGAUUUUUUGCAGUGCAUUACAAGAUCACCGGUGCUAAACUCAGCAAGUGCCGUACAAUUUUGCUUGGGUUGUGAUAUCACUUUAUUCUACUUCUCCAAGAUUUUAUUUAUCAGUUGUCCCAGUAGAGAUUAGACAUUGGAUUGGUGUUGAAACUCAAAGAAGAUCAAAGAUGAUUUACUGAUUGAAUCGAUCGGACUUUGAAGUCAGCUAAUUUGAAAGUGAUUUCGGGAACUAAUCCUGGACUGAAUGUACCUUACUGUCACCGAUAUAAACAAAUUGAUUUCGCCUGGUAAUUUCUUUUCAAUAACUACAAUAGUCAAAAUAAUUAUUAUUAAGACAAAAAUAUUAUAAAAUUAUAUAAACUAUAUAAGUAAAAUUUAGCCGUUCUAGAAUUUAUUAGAUUCGAAUAAAUAAUUAAACGGAUAGAUACACACAUACAGAGAGAUUAGAGAGAUGAUAAUGAAGGAUUAUUCGUUUUACCUCAGCGAUUUUCUACAAUUUUAAAAUCAGUAAACGUGUAGGAAUUGGUUGAAGCUAAAAUCUAAACAUUAAUAUAAUUAUUUAUUGUUGCACAUUUGCUGUGCAGUGUGCACCCUAGUCUGGUCACUACUAAAAUUUUAGUUAGUUGUUGCAGGAGCCAAGUCUUACAGGCCAUGUUUCCAUGUACAUAUGCAUAAUUUAACUCAUUUUCACUCAUCAUUACUAAUUAUAAAAGUAAUAGAAGUAUUUUAAAAGAUAAUUUCAGCGAUGAAAAUGAAAAUAAAAUCAAGUACGAAUUAUUCUCUAAAAUUCUAAAUAUAUAUCUUAAAAUAUGAAAAUUUUUAUAUUAGAAGUACGGUAUUAAAUUAAGUGGAUAUUAGCAAAAGGAAAUUUGAGGAGGAAGAAUUCAAUAAAUGACUUCCAUUGUUUUCUUCUCGAUUGUUUUGAUUGAAAGAUGAAAUUAUCAACAUGUAUAAAGGACAAACAUAAUGAUAAUAACUAAAUACAUUAUAUAUUAUGAUAUCUAAAACAGUGGAACCUGAACAUCUACAUAGAUGGUCUCAUUCUAGCGGUAGUUUGAUAAUACAUAAUCAGUAGUUUGAUAUCAAUUGAAUUUGAUUUUUUCAUUCGCAAAAAUAUAUAUCUAUUAUUGUAUUUUAUAUAUCCAUAUAUGAAAUUAUUUAUUGAUAUUAUUAUUAUCGCAUCAACAUAAUUUAUUAUCCUCAUAACUACAAUUUUAUUAUUAUUAUUAUUACUACUACUAUCAUUAUGAUUAUUAAAAAUAUAACAAUCUAAUUAGUUUUAAAAUAAUGAGAAAUGCUGAAGCCGUAUCACAAAAAUUAUUGUAUUCAUUUUGGAAACCGUCAUCACUGUAAGAUUAUUGAGAAAAAGGGUAAAAAAAUCAAUGAGAAACUGAAAAUUUUUCCACGAAUAUUUAUUUUGUUAUCAACUGAAAGUCCAGGUUUUGUACUAUUUGAAAUUUUGAGGACCACAAUGAAAGAUGAUAAUUGAUAGCCUGCUCUUGUUAUGUCUUGUGAGGAUCUUAUACUGCUCUGUACUAAUGAUUAUGAUAAUUGUAUUGUCUAGACUGUUCUGAUCUGUGAAGGGGGAAAGGCUAUUCUCCUCAACAAUAAGAUAAUGUUGGUGAAAAUUUUCAAUUUGUCUUUAGCACCAAAAUGGUACUUAUCUUUAACGACAUUAGUAUUUAAACUUGCAUUAUCUGUUUUAAAACAAUGAUAUUGUUUAUUACCUUAUUGAAAUUUCAAAUAGUCCAAAUUCUGAAUAUACAAUCUUUAUAAAGGAAUAAAAAUACAGUUGAAAAAUAA